AUGGGACCCGGCACGGUGGGGAGCGACGGGGGAGAGAGGAGCCUGCUGUCAGCCGGGGAUGGAGAAGGUGACUUAACCCACCUGGAGGGAGAUGAGGAAGGGUACAAAGAGGAGCAUGAUAGGAACAGCAGGCACUCAGAAGAUGAUGAUUUACAGACUGAAAAACGUAAGGCUGGUGACCUAAAGGAAUUCCAAGAAGUGGAGGAAAGAGAUCUUCAGGAACCGGUUGCUUCUUUUUCAGAGAGAGUGUGGAACAUGUCUCCAGAUGAGAUCAAAAUCCCUCCUGAGCCUCCUGGCAGAUGUUCUAACCAACUGCAGGAUAAAACUAAAAAGCUGUAUGAGAGGAAAAUGAAACAGGGCAUGGAUAUGAACUACAGCAUCCAGAACAAAAAGGAAUUUCGCAACCCCAGCAUCUAUAAAAAGCUGAUCCAGUUUUGUUCCAUUGAUGAAAUUGGUACAAAUUACCCAAAGGACAUGUUUGAUCCUCAUAGCUGGUCAGAGGAUUCAUAUUAUGAGGCCCUAGCUAAAGCCCAGAAGACUGAGAUGGACAAAUUGAAGGCGGCCAGGAGAGAACGUACAGAAAUUGAAUUUGUGACUGGCACUAAAAAGGGUACAAGAAGCGCUGGUUCCACAACCACCACAACAUCCAGCACCACUGUGGGAGAUGCCCAGAAGAAGGGGAGGAGGAGCAAGUGACACGUGUU